AUGGCUGAUGGCAUUGUCGAUCCCAAUUCCGUCCGUUGGGUCCUAGGAAAUGGUCAAGAUCCAGAGAUAGGUCCUUCCACGGUCAAACUGGAAUUCAAAAUAAAGUCAUUCAAUCUGGAUGACAUUGACUUGCCAGAUGGAUAUUUUGUUACAGGUAUCUACUGUCAUUCACGAGAACAAAUAUAUGUCAAGGAUUACAAAAAUUCUGCUGAGGUUACCGUUGAAAAUGUCGAAAUAAGCCACUCGGGAAGCAAUUACGUCGAUUUAUCAGUUGGAGUAGUAUCGUCUCGAUUCAAUAAUUUGCCAGUGAUUCCUUUCUUUGGUUCCCGAAGUGUCGUAUCAAAUCCACCAUCUCCACUUGGCGUACUGGGAUUGCUUUACAAGGGACAGCCUAGUUAUGGUGGAUUUUUUGCUCUCAAAUUGAUAGCAUCUAGACAUUCAUACGAUAUUUAUUCUGAUAUAAUUGCAUUCAAUAAUCAUUAA